GCAUUGGAGGGGAUGCCUAAGGAAGAAGAGCUGUGCGGAAGGUUUCCUUGAAAGGUUCGGACUUGAUGAUCUUAAAGGUCUCUUCCAACUUUAUGAUUCUGUGAAUAAACAUCUUGUAAGGUGGAAUUGCUUUCCUGCUCUAUUAGGAGAAAAAAAGGUUUGAGUUUUGGGAUCUUGUGUUGUUUUAUUAGGGUUUUUUUUUUUCAUUUCUGGAUGUUUUAUUUGUUAGAAGCUUCCACUUGUGAUCAGCAACGUAAUUGCUUGGAGAUUUGUGUGUAACUAUACUGGAAAAUGCUGAAUAGUUCACAUAAAACAGAAAAGAGUGAUAAUUUUUAUUGUUAAAGCUCUGUGUGAUUUUUAGUGGGACUUGGGCUUUUAAGCCCUUUUGACACUUAAAAAAAAAAAUUAGUAGCAGAUGUCUACUGUUGGCAAAUAGACACGAAUUAGGGACAUGAGCUGUGCUCUUUGUCCAAGGGGUAAAUGCAUUUAUUUGUCCACAUGAGUGGUGCUGACAGGGAAUGCACAUGGCAUCAGCUGCCUGCAAUGGAUGGAUAUCCAACCUGGAGCAAGGGAGGAGUUGAAGACCAAUGAGUUAAGAAAAGUCAAUGUAUGAAUACAGUGUCCAGACAAAAAAUUGUAAAAGCACUUGAAACAGAAAACACUUAAUUUAAACCAAUACUUCUUUAAGUAGUCUCAUGCAUAAAGUCAGAUUUUACUGAGUUAUACUGAGACCGCAGUAUUGUGCUUUUAUUAUUGAAUACAAUUAAUACAACAAAGUAUAACUUCUUGCAAAACACCUUUGGUUUAUCACAAUAAAAGUGAUGAUAAAUAGCUUGCAUAUGUCUUCAUGCCCAAAGUUUACAAAAGCUCAAUCAGAGCGGUUGUGGUGGUUGAGAAUUAAAUUUUGUCUAGUACUCGAGAUAGCUUUGUAUGUGUAAAUAGCCUGUAGGUUAGCUCACAGCCUCUACCAGAGCUGGAGUAUUUCAUUUGAAUUUCUUUAACAUUUUAAUGAAGUAAUCUCUCAUUCCUGACAAGACCUGUGUGUGUUCUUGCAUUGAUGCACAGCUCUGUUGAAACCAACAGAGUACGAGCAUGCCACGCAUUAGUCAGUGGGACUGUCCAUAUGCAUAUUUGUUUAUUGAAAGGAAAAUAAAUUAUAAAAGGCAUAGCUGAAAUAUUUGAGUCCCAUCAGCUUUGUCAUUAAUGACAUUUAUCCCAGCUGCUGCUGAACUUUUGUUGUACAGCUUACUCUCUACACGUAACUGCACAUCUGUGCAGUUCCUUGCUGCCAUAAUUACAUUUUCAAAGAAUACCUGAGAGUGAGGAGCUACCUCGAGCAGGAUGCUAAAAGGUGGUGUUUUGUGUAAAAAAAAAGAUGAAGAGAGGCUUAUGGAGGAAGAAAUGAGCACCUACACUUUGAUUAUAGAAUCAGAAGUCUCUAAUAUGGGAUUUGAAAUUGACUUGGGAAUUUUUUCUAAGCUCUUCCCACUCCAAGGUUCUCUCCAGGGGUGCUGUCCUGCUGUGUUCUCAGGAACAUUGCCUGUGACAAAGCUUGGGACACCUGACAUCCACCCUCCAGAUUACCCUUUACAUGCUGUAGAUUCCUCCCCUUCUCAUAUUCCAGAAGAACACGUGAGGAGGCAAAAUGGGAAGGCCUCCCCUGGAACAGAGCCAAGGUGGCUCUUGCUGGAUUUGGUGCUGUCCCUGUCUGUAGUGUGGGCAGAGGUGAGGGAUGCCUGUGUAGUGUCUCAGCUUUGCUUCCAUCACUUCUGCUGCACUGUGGACAAACCUUUGUGAGAGUUGAAGGAAAAUUGUUGGCUGUUUCUGCCAGGAACCCCGUUGCUCCCAGCAUGGCACUAAUGAGGCAAGUGCCUUUGGAGAUUCUGCUUCAGAACUCGGAAGUAAAUACAAGCUUGAUAAAAACACAGGUGUGCUAUCAUCAGCAAAUUACCAUAAAUUACCUUCAUGAGCAGUGCUCAGAGAAAGCACCUGUAGUUAUUUAAAAUUAAUACAUAAACUUGUCAUUUAAAUAACGAUAUUCAUACUUAAACCAUAGUGAUCAAUUUACUCUCAGUAAACUUAAAGAGUUGAUAGUCUAACAGGACACAGGGGCUCACCAUUGAAGAAAAAAUAAACUGCAGAGGAUAUAUGUGUUAAUGCACAAAUUAAUUUAGGAACAGGGGGCUGCAGCAAUGUGUUUAGGCCAGCAGCAGUUGUGACUGCUGGCCCCAGCAGUGCCCAUCAUUAAGCCCCUGUUAUCCCUGUGUGCUGCAGCAGUGCUUCCUCUGCUGAGAAGUGAAGAGCAUCAGAAAGCAGCAGCCUGUGGUGGUUUUCCUUUUCCCCUCAACUUCCACUGCUGACAAAGGGCUGAGAGAUUCCUGGUUCUUCUCCCCAGUGGGUGCAGCCUCUCCUCGCUGGUGGCCAGGCCUGGCAGCAGAAGAGCUGCACAUGCAGGGUCUGCCAAGGCCCUCUUGGUAGUUGAGACCUGCUGGUUUAUGUGCCCCAAGUUAAGUUCCUGGAUUUUUGUGUACGUAUGGCCAUGUGGAUUUUUGCUUUGUCCAGAUCAUGGAACCCUGCUGGUUCCCAGGAGUUCACCAUGUGUUUUGUGCUGCACAAAUGUGUGAAGUGUAAUGGGAGGAUCUGCUGAUCCAGAGCAAGGUCAAUUUGAGUGUUUUUUUGGCCCUUCAGAGGACAAGUCGGAAAACUCUCCUGGAUAGGUGUGAAGAGGCCAAGGCAAACACAUUGACAUUUUGUUAAUGGAAGGGACUCUUAAAAUGUCAAGGAAAAUGUCACACUUAGAUUCCCAUUGUGACCACUUGAAGCAAAUUCAGGACCAUUUAAUGGAGUUUUAUUUUACUCUUAAAGGCAAACACACACAUACAACUGUUUAAAGAACUUUUAAGAUCAUUCAGAGCAAGUGUUGCUCAUGGAUAUGACAAGGAGGAAAGCAAGAGAAGGCAGCAGUUGUUUGAAGCUGCUUGCACGACUUGAGGGCAGAAGUUCUCUGAAGAAUCUCGAACCUUGUCUGUUUGCUGAGGAAGGAUCUCCUCUUCAUGGAGAUGUUAUCGAAUUCCAUGGCCCAGAAGGGACAGGAAAAACAGAAAUGCUUUAUCACCUGCUAGCCCGCUGCAUCAUUCCCAAAGCACAGGGAGGAUUGGAAGUAGAAGUCAUGUUUGUUGACACCGAUUACCAUUUCGAUAUGCUCCGGCUGGUCACCAUUCUUGAGAGCAGACUGGCACAAGGGACAGAAGAAACUAUAAAGCAGUGCCUGGGAAGGCUCUUCCUUGUCAGCUGCAGUAGUAGCACUCAGUUACUCCUCACUCUCUACUCUCUAGAAAACCUGUUCUGCGCUCACCCCUCGCUCUGUGUUUUGCUUUUAGACAGUUUAUCAGCUUUCUAUUGGAUAGACAGAAGCAAUGGAGGGGAGAGUCUUACCUUGCAGGAGAUGAACCUGAAGAAAUGUGCUAACUUCCUUGAAAAGCUUGUGACACAGCACCACUUGAUCCUCUUUGCAACAACACAGACACUAAUGCAGAAAUCUGCAAACUCUACAGAAAGCUUUUUACCUUUAAAACUUCCACAUGAAACUGAUACAGACUACAGACCGUAUCUCUGUAAAUCGUGGCAGCAAAUGGUAACUCACAGGAUGUUUUUCUCUAAGCAGUGCAAUUCUGGCAACAGCAAAGGUUUUACUGUAGUUUCUUGCCACCUCAAAAGAAACCAGAUAGUAAAACGUUCGUUUAGUGUUGCAGAAUGUGGGGUUCAGUUUUAACAUCAGUUUAUCUUGUAAACAUUUAUCAAAUCCUGGGGCUUAAGGCCUGAUUAGGCCUAAGUACCUUCUCAUAACUUUUCAACUCACUGGUUUUUGCUGGUUGAUUAAUAAUUGUUGUCGCCAUUUUCUUGAAAUUCAGUGAAGGGCAGGGAAUGGUAACAUUUUUUAAUUACUUCAUCAACUUUAUCCAAACUGUAGAGGACUGUUGACAUGACUUGUUUGUGCUUAAUCAAGAAAAUAGUAACCAAAGACACAUUAAAGUCCUGGUAUCCUUCAGCAGUCUAACCAAAUGCCUGUUGGAAUUUCUGGGUCUUGCUCUUUACACUCCUCUUCCAAGCUCCAGAAGUAGGAGCCUACUUGUCUGUGGCAGAGGUUGCAAAGAGGCCAGAGUUCACACUUUAUAAACAUUGGCCUUGGUUUAUUCCCUGUAGCUUUGGGCGUAAGAAAUGCCAAUUGUGCCUGAAGAAGAGGAUUCAUUUCCACAGCCUGUUAAAUAGUGGUGAUCCUGACUGUGCUGCUUCUCCUGGCUCUCAGCCUCUCCAUUUACAUUAGCGGGUGCUCAGAGGAGCAGGGAUUGCAGGUGUUCUGACCCUUACAAAUGUCUGGCAUUGAAAAACCUGGUUUCCAUAACUGAAGGACAAGUAAAGACCCAGCUCUGGGUACAUGUGAAUUUGUGCUGCAUGCGGCAAACAGUUCAGGUUUUGAAAAUAACUAAGUGCAAGUUACGGGUUAUUUUGGGAGGGGAGGCUGGUUUUUUGUUGUUUUUCAUUUUUUAAAGUGAUGCACAGACUUUUUUCAUAAGUCAUUUUUUCAUCAUUUUUGCCCUUCCUCGUUAUUCCUUUCCACUUCUUUCCCUUCCCUAGUCUCUCUAAGAAAUCCAGGAAUGCCAUGCCUCUGGUCUUUACCAAUAUGUAUUUGCCACAUGUGUGCAGGAUUUGGCAUGUAACAUGUUGCAAUUCUGGCAAAGAAGAUUCAGAACUUACAGGAAAUGCCCUACAGUUCUGGCAAAGAACACCACAUUAUUUAUGAACCUAGAGUGCCCUUUGAAAGCUUCAAAGUACUUUACAAGAAAGAAAAUUGCACACAGUACAUUAUUUAAUACAAAAACUUACAUUAGCUUACAAAUUCAAAUUACUCAAACAAGGGGGAAAUACUUCUCACAGCGAUGUUUGUUCAGUCAUGUUGCACAGCACGUUUUAUAGUUUAGAUUGAAGAGAUUAUCAACAAAAAUGCAUAUUAAGAAGUAGUAUCUAGCUCAGUAUCUUUUUGAGGAAGAUGCCUAAAAAACUCUGUUGUGAGACACCUUUGAAUUUCCUGACUUCUGAAGCAGCUUUUUCAAGCUGAAUGUAUGUCUGGAAUCCCAGCUUUGUAUAGUUCAGUUACCCUCUUGAGUUCCACUGUGUCUGUUCACAAUGAGUUCAGUUUAAUUAUUCUUUCUGUGGGAAAACUUCCUUUUUUCCCUUCUCAUUUUAAACCUUCCAUCUGAUCACUUUUUCACACCAUCAGUUCUUUGACACAUCAGCAAACUUUGCCUUUUCAUCAUCUCCCCAGAGCUGAUGAUUUUAUAGACUGUCACUUCAUUUGUGCUUUCUCAUCCAUCAGCACCAAUAUGUAUUUUAUUUCAAAGCCUGCAUAAGUACACAAAUGCACGAAAAAAUAUAUAAAAACCAUUCAGCCUAGAGUGGACCCAAGUUAGAUAGUUUACCAUGAGUAGACACUUCCAUUAUGAAUUAUGAUAAAGGGAGUUAUUGAAUUUUUUUGUAAAAAAGAAUGGGAAGUUUCAAGUACAACUUGAGAACUUUAAAAUCUGAAAAUUCUAGGACUAUGUAACUUCUACUAGAAAAAAGUAAAAAACAAGCAGCUCCCCUUUCCAAUGGAGAAUACAACUCCACUGAUGAUUAACUUCUUCAUAAAAUCAUACUUGCUAAAGACUAUGCUAGAGAAAAAAAACAAUGGCUAUGUUCUGGCAUUCCCAUCUGGAAAAAAAAGCUUUUAUAUUCUUCACAAUGUAGUUUGUAUUUUGCAUUGUAGUAUAAAAGAAAUGCCUAAAUUGAAAUGAAGCCAAAGUUCUAGUUCAUCAAAAAGAGCACCUCAGGAAAUUUUGAAAUUUCCCAGUUUUAUUUUUACUUUGAAUGCAGACAGAUUUUUUUAAUUCUCUGGUAAUUGUAAUAUUCAUGCUUUGCACAUUUGUUUUAGCUGUAUAGCAAGUCUGGAUUUCUGAGGUGCUAAGCAUCUGCAUAUCCCUGUAAUGCUUCAGGAAGGAGAGGCAGCACAUAAUCUGGGAGUUCACUGACCUCAUCCUCUGCCAAAAUUAUGCCAUUUGGAAAAAUGAACCUCUAGGAUACAAGUCUCAGAAAGAUGCAGUGAUAAAGAACGUGGAAAGCAUCAAUUUUGUUUGUACCUUAAUGCUCUGUGAGUAUUGAACAUGGGGUUUGCCAUUUUUUAAGUGGAGAAUUUUCCAAAUGUUGUACCAAUUGUAGUUAUUGGAGACUACAGUCCAUCCUUGUGAGCCAGGAACAGUGUAUGAAAUGUAGCAUUAUACCUGGAAUAUUCUGUUUAAUGCAGAUCCUCCUCUUUCACCCAGACCUGAGGUACCACCCUGUCUCCAGCCCACUGUCUCACCUGGGUUGCCCUGAGCUGCUGCAGCUCAGUCUCCCAGGGAGGAAGCACAUUUUGGGUUAGUAGGUCUGGUUUAAAUCAGCCCUGCAGAAGAGCAUGGAAUACAUGUAUUCCUGAGCUCUGAUUUAAGGUAUUUCUUAGACAUGAAAAUCCUUUCAUGUCAGUGCCAUUGUUCUUCAGCUCAGGGUGGUAUUAUUAUGCUUUUGUAGACACAGGAACUUUUUACAUUCCUUAGAAUUUUGUUUGUUGUUUCAUAUGAAACAUGGAAUUAAAGCAGCAAGCUUGAAAUAAAGAGGAACUAGUUCACCCUUUCCCCCAUUCUUUUCAUAACGAGAGGGCUUCUUAGCAAAACCAAAUUAAGGUAUUUUGCAGGUUUUAUAUUUAUUUUCCACUAUACUGGUAUUUCUAUGGACACCUGGAAAGAAAAUGUUGAGUUUUACAUUCAGUUAAAAGUUCUUUAUAUUCCCAGGCUUUUUAUCGAGCAAAUAAAAUACAAAUAACAGUUUGCUUGGUUUAAGUUUGCACUUGCACAUAAAAUUCAAGUUUCCUUUUUCUUAUAUAACUAAUCUCAGAAACUUAAUUUUUCCCGGAGUUUGGAAAUGGCAGAAGAUAAAUGUUCUCCUGUGGAAACAUAACUGCAAUGGUAAUUUUGCUGGAGAGUAAUGGACAGAGGAAGAAGAAAUACCACUUUGAUGGCAGCUGGAUAGAAGCCAUCUGUGUCUGAAGAGGAACAUGACUUUUUACUUUUCUGUGGCUGCUCUAAUAAAAUGUCUCUUGAA